AAAAAACAACACAGGCGGAUUCUCUGCCUGUCGCUCUUAACAACAUGGAACUAGCAAUAGAUGGCUAAUCAAAACACGCUUUACUGGAGUGCUGACUGGUUGUUACUGAUAAGUGUAUAACUCCGCAAACUAGACAGCUGCAACCCACAUCAGAUGCCAUGGAGUCGUGUGAUGAUGGGGGCCUCAGCGUGGGCACUUCCUCUAUAGAAGAGAACUACUUCCAGGGCUACACAUUUACAGACCGCUCCCAUUCCAGCCGUGUGGUCAAGAGCAUCAUGGACCUGUGUUUGGAGGAUGGCUUGUUUGCAGAUGUCACCAUAACUGUGGAAAGCAAAGAGUUCAACCUGCAUCGCCUGGUCCUUUCGGCCCAGAGCAGCUUCUUCAGGUCCAUGUUCACCUCGAACCUCCGAGAAACUUACGAUCGCCACAUUGAGCUGAAAGACGUCAGCGCACCUGUCUUUCAGCUGCUGGUGGACUACAUCUACCACGGGACCAUCAAGCUGCAUGUGGACGACCUGCAAGACACCUAUGAAAUGGCUGACAUGUACCAGCUCACAGCCCUGUUUGAGGAGUGCUCCCGCUUCCUCUCACGAACCGUAGAUGUCAAGAACUGUCUUCAUGUGAUGUGGUUGGCAGACAGACACAGCGACCAAGAGCUCUAUACAGCAGCUAAACACUGUGCUAAGAUACAUCUGGUACAGCUGCACCAGACAGACGAGUUCCUCAACCUCCCUCUACGUCUCCUCAUCGACAUCAUUAAAGAUGGUGUUCCAAGUUCCCAAAAUCCAACUACAGCAAUCGAGUCUUGGAUAAACCACAACAAAGUUGAACGAGAGGAGUUUGCAGAUAGGCUCUCCGAUAGCCUAAAGGAGAUUGGAGAGAAUGUACACAUCUACCUUAUAGGCAAAGAGGAGACGCGGACACAUUCGCUGGCUGUGUCACUGCACUGUGCUGAGGAUGAUGCCAUCAGUGUGAGUGGUCAGAACAGCCUCUGUCAUCAGAUCACAGCAGCCUGCAAGCAUGGAGGCGACCUGUAUGUGGUGGGUGGCUCCAUCCCACGGCGGAUGUGGAAGUGUAACAUGCGUACGAUGGAUUGGGAGCGGUGUGCGCCGCUGCCUCGUGAUCGUCUGCACCACGCAUUGGUGUCUGUAGUCUCAGAGGAUGCCAUCUACUCGCUCGGGGGCAAAACCCUUCAGGACACACUGUCCAACGGCAUUGUUUACUACACAGUGAGUGCCAACACAUGGACAGAGACAAACCAGCUGGACACAGCUGUGUCAGGCGCUGCAGGGGUCCACCUCGACGGGAUCAUCUACCUCUUGGGUGGAGAAGAGAACGAUGCCGACUUUUUCACCAGGCCGUCCCGCCUCAUCCAGUGCUUCGACACAGGAACCCAAAAAUGCCGCACUAAGCCGUACGUCCUACCCUUCGCUGGCCGCAUGCAUGCCGCCGCCCACAAGGACCUGAUCUUUGUGGUGGCUGAGGGCGACUCACUAGUGUGCUACAACCCUCUGCUGGACAGCUUCACACGCCUGCGCUUCCCAGAGGUGUGGAGCUGCGUGCCCUCGUUCUGGAAGGUAGCCAGCUGCAACGGAUGUAUUUAUGUCUUCCGGGACAAAUGCAAGAAAGGCGAUGCAGACACACUAAAGCUGAACCCAGCCACAUCCGUCGUGUCUGUUAUCAAAGGGAUUAAAAUCCUUCUCACAAACUGGCAGUUUGUUUUGGCCUGACGUUGAAGUGCCAUAUUGAACGAGACUUUGGACAUAGUACGUGGUACAUUUGGACUAUGUGACGUGUUUGCUGUGAUACUGAAGAAGUUGCAUUUGCAGUUACUUGUUUGGCACAUGCUUUUAUCCAAGAGAGCUUAUAGUUGAGUGGAGCAGAUGAAGGUUUAAGGGUCGUACUCAAGGGCCCUGCAGUGACAGUUUGACAUUACUGACACUCAAAUUCGACUUCUGAUCAAGUUCAGUGCUAAAGCUGGCCCCGUAUAAUGAUGUUGUAAGCUAAACUAACUGCCAGCACCAAGCAGCGUGUCUAUAUGGAACUUUUAUUCAGUUGUGCUGAAAAUGCAGUGUUAUGAAAAGCCAUGCAAAAUUGUAAUGAUCAACUGAUUCAGCACUUCUGUGGCAUUCAGACAGAUCAGAGUCUAGGUUCACAGGGUCUACAUGACAAGCAGUAAAGACCUGACGUCUAGUCUUAUUAUGACAGUAGAAUGUCAUUAUCUACUGUCCUUGUGUAAGAGUAUGGACUACUGAUCAUAGGAUCAUCUUUAUUAAGAUGCAAAACUGAUCUCUGAUCUUCAUCUAAAUUCUUACACACGAGGGCACUUCAGUUGUUAGUAGGCUGAGUAAUGAGAAGAGUUGACAGGAAGUAUGUAUGUCAAAAAUGCCUGAGCAGUCUUCAGUGUUGUAAAGUUCCCAUGAGCCCGCAGUGAAACAGUUACCGAGUGCAGUGUUACAAAGAUAAGCCUGCUCUAGACUUCGGGCUGAAUGUUCCAGUACAGGGGUGUCAAAUUCAUUUUAGGUAAAUGCCCACAUUACACUUAGGGCAUUUUUGGGGCAGUACUGGGCAUUUUUACUGCGGUCCUGGUGCACUGAUCUUAUUACAGACACGCUUGAUUCGGUGCUUUUGUGCUUAUCAAACCUCACCACAAACUUACAUCGAGAACACAACAUGACUCACCAUAUUUUUAUUAUUAUUUCUUUUAAUCAUUUUGUACAGAAAGGCAUCUCAUCACUUCUGUGUCCCUCAGUGUUCUCCUGCCACUCAUGGUACAUGUGGGUUGUGGAAAUGAGUGAUGUCAUCACCAGCUUAAACACGUACACAGGUUACUUUACUUCCUGAACCGGUACGAACCUGAGUACCCUGUUACGUUCGCAUUCGUAGGAAUCAUGGCACAGUUCCAGUGCAAAUGAACCCAGACUGAAAGACAAGCACAUCUCCUUCUAAGUGUGUUCAUUAAUCAGUUUAUAAGAUCAGACUGAAUUUUACUUAAAAAAAAAACCUCUAAUCACUACGCAUGACGUCAGACAGUCAGUGCCUUGCAUAAGGAUUUGCUUAUGUCUUGAAUUUUUCUGCAUUUAGUAGUGUUACAAACUGGAAUUGAGAUAUGAACUUAAUUUAUUGAUGAAAUUAUUAAUAUCAUGUUUUCACAUAGAAAGUUACUUUUUACUUUUGUAUGCAAAUGUGUCAUUUAAAUCAUUUUGCGUCUGAUGCGUCACCAGUGAAACACAGUUUGAUAAUGAAUUAAUCAUAAGUAAAAUGUCACGUGCUGCUGUGUUUCUGUUAGCUACUGGAAUCAACAAGUUUCCAACCUGGCAUUAGCAAAGAAACCCGGUGACCGUUUUGUCAACAUGCUUUUUUUAAAUGAAAAUGUAUGUAUUAUGUAGAAAGUUCUUGCUUUCUACAGAGACGAAGCGGAAUCUUUGCCACUCCAGCACAUGCAAACAUUAUUUUUUGAAAUAAAACACCUAGGAGUCUUUUCCACUGCUUUAUCAUGUACGAUGAGUGACUGGAUGAGAGAAGAAAGACUUGCAAUGUCUAAAUAAAAAUGUAAAUUAAGACAA